AGUAAAUGUAGAGGAAUUGCCAAAACAACUCAAUUCCGGUUCUCGAUCCAAAUGAACCGACCGUUUUACAGCGUUGUAACGGUUUCUAUGUUCCAUGUUGAGGCGCAGCCUUUAGGCACGAUAUGCGUGCAUCAUGGCCGUUUUUUGUUUACAGCACUGGUUACCGAUUUCCCAUAUAGGAAAUCAGUCAUCAAGGAGAAAGAGAAGAGACAGACAGAGGACAAACAUGUGGAGAUGAGCUGCUCUAUAUAAUUGGGGUGUUUCUCCAUUCCCUGCUGAGCUAGUAAGCAAAUUGUGGUUGAUACGCUUGAUACUGGUACGUUUCUUAAUCCAUCAGCAAUGACAAAGCUAUGGCUCUUCCACAAUGCGAGGACGAUACGGCGAUCCGUGGGCUUAGCGGUCACCAUUUUGGGCCUCAUGCUAGUUCUGUCGAGGCUCACGCUCUACUCUUAUGAUUUCUAUAGAUAUCAACAAUAUUUAUACUUGCUAGGUGGACAAACUGCUCCUCAGGACAAUGUGCGGACUCAGACCACUGACUACGUCUCUGAAUACCCAGCUGAUGAUAUGAGGAGGCAAUUAGCCGAACAGUUCCCCUACGAUACACGAUCAGAUAUUCCAAAGACAAUAUGGCAAACUUGGAAGGAGCCACUCCAUCAGAUCAAAAAUAAAGAGCUUGUUGAUUGUAUAGGAUCCUGGGUUUCACAGGAUGGUUAUGAUCAUCAUCUAAUGCUGGACAAGGACAUUGAUGCAUUCUUAGACGAGACGUACAAUGCAUUCCCCCAGAUCAUAGAGGCUAUGAGCCUCAUGCCUCUACCCAUUCUGAAGUUUGAUUUCUUUAGGUACUUGGUCAUAUAUGCCAAAGGUGGUAUAUACUCCGAUAUCGAUACCAUGCUAUUAGCCAGUAUUGAUGAGUGGAAGGAUAGUACCUCGGUCCUACACGAUAUCUAUCCAGAUCUCAAUUCAAACAUUGGGCUUGUCGUUGGCGUUGAGGCUGACUUGGAUCGUCCAGACUGGAGAUUCAGGGCAUGCCGUCGUCUGCAGUUUUGUCAAUGGACAAUAAAAGGAAAGAAGGGCCAUCCGGUAUUACGAGAGUUGAUCUACAGCAUAACAAAGAUCACACUGGAGCAGUACUCCAAAAGAUUGAACCAUGUACGGAUUGGCUCUGAAUAUUUCACCUUGAAUUCACUGUAUACAGUCUUAGAAUGGACUGGGCCCGGAAUCUUCACAGACACCAUUUUCAACCACCUGAAUAAAGUCUUCGACCCUGAUAGAUGGUUCAACUCCAAUGCACCUCCCCGGCUAGAAGUUGAAACAUUCGAUAAGUAUAACACAGAGAGGAACCACAUAUCUGUGGAUAAGCCUCUGGGCUGGAAUAACUUCACACGCGUGACAGUGCCAAUGGUGGUUGAUGACGUUGUGAUACUACCGAUCAAUUGCUUCAACGCGGAGUUGGGGCCAGAUGGAAUUGAAUUUGAAGUUGACAGAGAGCUCGAAUAUGUGAAACACAACUUCAUUGGCUCAUGGAAAGGCUGAGAUUCAAUAUACAAAGACACCAGGUAAAUCUAUACACUCCAUAUAUUAACAUAAUGUGA